AUAAACGUAUUUCAUUUAUAUGAAUGUAUGAAAUAGCUCAAAAAAAAAAAAACAAAAAAAAACCUAACUGGCAGUUUCGUUACAGAAUAACUUUUAUAUUCCUCUAAUCCAAUUAUAUUCACUAUCCUUAUUAUCAUUAAACGAACAACAAGUUUCGCGAGAAUUCGUUUAUGAGUGUUACCAUACGAAACUUUUCCUUCUACACAGUAACCGCAAGUUAUGUCUACCAUUGAUCUUGGUUUUGUUUGCGAGGAUCAUCUCAAUGAAGAUGAUCUUAAGGAUUUUGAAUGCAGCCGUAUGGGUGGUCCGGCUCUGUUCCUGAAACCUAUGAAGGAUCCUGUUUUGUGCAACUGUGGUAAAAAGAUGCAGUUACUGCUGCAAUUGUACGCUCCGGGACCCUCAGAAUCUUCCUUCCACCGCUUCAUCUAUCUGUUUUUAUGUCCUAACGGUGCCUGUCAAACGACUGGAUGGUCUAAAGGCAUUAAGGUUCUUAGUUACCAGACGACCGAAGAAGAUGACAUGGCCGGUUUGUUACUCGAUGCUGACUAUGUAUGUCAAUAUUGUGAAGCAAGAGAAAUUGAAGUCGAUAGUGAGCCUGGCAAAGAGGCAGAAAAAGCGGAGGAUAUCGACACGAGCAACAUCAAAAUCGAGGAGAAUGAUACAAAGGAACAGUACACUAAAGCUCAAGGCGAUGUUGCGUUUCUAAAAUUUCAAAAACGUCUGUCUCGUGAACCCGAUCAAGUGCUUCGUUACUAUCACGAUCGCAACAAUGACGAUGCUCUGUGGUGCAGUGAAAAUGGAAAGGUCACGGACAUUCCAGCGUGCUCUUGUGGUGCUAAAAGAGUUCUUGAGUUACAGGUUCUCUCAACUAUUCUCGCUCAUCUAAACAUAGACUUCUCACAAAAGGAUGCACUUGACUGGGGUAUUUUGAAUGUCUAUGUUUGUAGUGCAUUCUGUGAUAAAGCAAAUUCCGAGUAUGCAGAAGAACUCUGCUGGCGUCAAGAAUUCUCUUCUCAAAGCAUCCUGUCCGUCGAGUAGAUUUACUACUCGGGCUUUUUCACAUACGACAUACCAUUUAGUACUGGUUAUAUUUUUAGUUUAAUAGACGAAGGUUGGUGGGGAACAAUUGCUUUAAAACAAAACGUAAAUUAAUGAAUUGGUAACGUAAAACUCACUGUGAAC